CACAACGCGUUGUACCACGACCGACGCCACCCGCGCAAGCGCAACCGCGCGCCACCGACCAUAAAACGAAAUUCAAAUUAUUCGACAUUUAAAAAAUAAAAUAAAAAAAAUGUUUUCGAAAAAAGUGCUGAGGUGAAACAGUUUUGUGAAAUCGUGAUUUUAAAAUUUAAAAAGUGAAUUUUCGAACGGGAUUUAUUUUCUGUGUGGAUUUUUUUUGUUUGGCAGCUAGGACAAAUCUGUCAAGAUGGGGUGCAAACUAACCUUCGUGGACGAUGUCCUGAACCGAUCGUUCUACAAACUCGGCCUGGUGGUCGGCAGGAACCCGGGCUACUUCAUCAUCAUACCAGUACUCUUAACACUUCUCAUGAUCACUGGUUACCAGAGGGUCUACUAUGAAAUGGACCCAGAGUACCUCUUCUCCCCCGUCAGUGGUCAAGGGAAGUUGGAAAGACGGAUAGUUGAAGAUUAUUUCAAGGUCAAUUACUCUCAUCGGUUUAAUGUUGGAAGGAUUACCAGAGCUGGACGCUUCGGCCGCGUAAUCAUCGUGGCAAAGGACAAUAACACAAACCUUCUACGAACAGAAGUAUGGAAGGAGUUGAGGCAGCUGGACGAUCUGGUGCAGAACAUCACGGUCAAGCUGCCUACCGGGGAAUCCUUCACAUACAGAGAGGAGUGCGCCAGAUGGGAAGGACAGUGCUUUGUCAACGACAUCCUUAAUCUGGACAAAAUUAUUGGCGAGGUGGAGCGCGGAGAACUAAAUCUGACGUUCCCGAUAAUGUUCAACCCUGUGACGUGGGAGGCUCAUGCGUUCCCAGUGUUCUUUGGGGGAUCGAAGGUGGUCGACGAUACGAUCGUGUCGGUGCCAGCUGUCCAACUAGUAUGGUUCGUGAGGACUGACACCAAACUGCAGGAACAACGAGGUGCAGCAUGGGAAGACGCAUUCCUCGACGAGGUCGGAAUAGCAGAAGACACAGGCCGCUUCAAGCACAUCUCUGUCGCACGAUUCGCGUCCAGGACACUCGACCAUGAACUUGAAAAGAACACCAGAACUGUCAUCCCAUUCUUCAGUUCCACCUUCAUCCUUAUGGGGAUAUUCUCCAUAGUAACUUGUAUGAUGGCCGACUGGGUUAGGUCUAAACCCUGGCUCGGAUUGCUUGGAAAUAUAUCUGCUGUCAUGGCCACAGCUGCUGCUUUUGGUUGCGCUAUCUAUUUGGGGAUCUCCUUCAUUGGAAUUAAUUUGGCUGCUCCCUUCUUGAUGAUUGGUAUUGGCAUCGACGACACCUUCGUGAUGCUGGCGGCCUGGCGGCGCACGUCACCCAAGCUGCCCGUGCCAGAACGCAUGGCCAUCAUGUUGUCAGAAGCAGCAGUCUCCAUCACCAUCACAUCAGUUACCGACAUGCUAUCAUUCUUCAUCGGUAUAUUCUCGCCGUUCCCUUCCGUGCAAAUCUUCUGCAUGUAUUCAGGUCUAGCAGUGUGUUUCACGUUCGUAUGGCAUUUGACCUUCUUUGCUGGGUGUGUGGCCAUAUCUGGCUAUCGCGAGAAGGCCAAUAGACAUACCAUCACUUGGCUGAAAGUGCUGCCAGAAUCGCGGGCUAGAAAGGAAGAAAAAUCCUGGCUCUACCGAAUAUUCUGCAGCGGUGGCAUCGACCAGGCCGACCCUGACAACCCUAUCGACAACAGGGAGCACUGCAUCAUGGGUUUCUUCCGUCACACCAUGGCUGAUAUCCUCAACAACAGCUUCGUCAAAGCCUUGGUCAUCGUGGUAUUUCUGGCGUAUUUAGCUGGGGCUGGCUAUGGCGUCACCAACUUAAAAGAAGGCCUGGAGAGACGAAAACUGUCAAAAAUCGACUCUUACUCUGUAGAGUUCUUCGACAGAGAAGACCUUUACUACAGAGAGUUCCCGUACAGGAUUCAGGUGGUGAUAAGCGGAGACUACAACUACUCAGACCCGAAGGUUCAGGACGAGGUGGAGCUGCUGACGCAGAGAUUAGAGAAUACAUCGUAUAUAUCCAACUCACUGUACACAGAGUCUUGGCUGCGAACCUUCGUCAACUACGUCCAGAGGAAUAACGAUUAUUUGAACGUCUCCAUCGACACGGAACAAGAUUUCAUCAAAAAUUUGAAAGAGUUAUGGCUGUUCCCUGCAAACCCCUUCUCACUGGAUGUGAAAUUCGACGAAACUGGAGACAAAAUCAUUGCGUCUCGCUUCCUCAUUCAAGCUAUCAAUAUCAGCGGAACCAACCACGAGAAAGAGAUGGUGAAGGCACUCCGUCAAGUUGUUGCCGAAUCACCUCUCAACGCUUCUGUGUUUCACCCAUACUUCGUUUUCUUUGAUCAGUUCGAACUCGUCAAACCAACGUCUAUCCAGAACCUCUGCUACGGCGCUCUAAUGAUGAUGAUAACCUCCUUCAUAUUCAUCCCCAACAUCUUGUGUUCCCUUUGGGUGGCCUUCAGUAUCAUAUCCAUUGAAAUUGGCGUUGUUGGCUACAUGGCUCUAUGGGACAUAAACCUUGACUCUAUUUCUAUGAUCAAUCUCAUUAUGUGCAUCGGAUUUUCUGUAGAUUUUACUGCUCAUAUUUGCUACGCAUACAUGGCAUCUAAAGCGAAGACACCGAACGAAAGAGUCAGUGAGUGCCUGUACUCUCUAGGAUUACCAAUUGUCCAAGGAUCCUUCAGUACAAUUCUUGGUGUCGUCGCGUUGCUUCUAGCAGACAGUUACAUUUUCUCUGUAUUCUUCAAAAUGGUCUUCAUGGUAAUAUUCUUCGGAGCAAUGCACGGUCUUUUCCUUCUACCCGUACUUCUGUCUCUGUUUGGACCCGGUUCGUGUAGCAGAAAAGAAGAAGAGUUCAAAAUGUCCAGCGUAGAGAAAUGCUUCCCUCACCCAUACUGCAUACCACAUCCGCAACUGGUGCUAAACGAUCAGAUAUUCAACGGGAAGAACAUCAAUCCGAAUGGAGUUUACAAAAUCUACGGCGACGAUAAAGAUCUAGGCAUCGGUACUUCAGGAGAAGACACGAGUGAGAGUAGCUCAAACCAAUCGCAACGCCGGCAAAUGGAUGAUGAAGGGAGGAAAAAAUAUGAAGACGGUUGGAAGAGAUCCAGUUACGCUCAAAGCUCGAGCCAAUUCCAGCCUUCAGGAGAGUUGGACCUUUAUGGUCACGAGCUCGAACGAGCAUGGCAGAGACAACGCUAUGACGACAACCGUCGCGUCUUCGACAACUACAGGAAAGGAACUGCAUCUAGGGAAGAAGAUUGGCACCGCAAAAGUAGUGAUACGAGCCCUCGUCGUGAAGGCACCUACAGAGUAAUGCGAGCUCACUCCCACCACAACUUGCACAGACCGCGCGCCCCUCGACGCUCCAAUUCGCAUUCAAACCUAGAACAUUUAGAUUACGUCGCGGAAAUGCGUUUUCCCUGACAUUAAACCUUCAAUGCAAUAGUAUCACAAAACCAUGUGCUCAAAUGGACCAAAGUAUCAUUAAAUAGCAAGUGUCGAAUGUGACCCGCUAUGAGGUUUUGAUAGGUUAGAUUUUAAUUUAAUAUUUUAGCUAAAAUGAAUUGCUAGACGAAAUCGGUCUUUUGCCGAGAUUAUUAAUGCGAUUUCAAACUAAUAAGAAUUUAUUACUUCGCUGAAAUUUCCUCAGGCAUUAGGCCGAUUUCAAUACUACAUGUUAUUAGGAGUCGUGAAGGAGCCAAACAAUUUUUAUAUAUUCGUUUUGGUGAGACAGCAUGCUGAUUGCUCAUUUAAGUUAGUCGAUAUGAAUAAGGAAUAGAUAGCAAAAUGUAAAACCAAAAAUUAAAACUGUCACUUUGGCGGGCCCGUAUAUAAGGUCCAGUUGGUCAUAUGAAUAUAAAACUUAGCAAGUGAAACGAAGUUGUUUUCAAAAUGCAUAAUUUAUUAAACGAGCUAGUUCCUAAUUCUUAUUCUAUGAUAAUUCAGUCAGUGUUUCGCUCAUCGCUGCAUGUGGCACAGAAUUAAAGUAGGUAUCAUUAAUUAUGACAAGUUUACACGGAAUGUGCUCUUGCGCUAUAAGUUAGACGAAUAAAAUACUUUACAAGUUAUUACAUUCUGCGACUACUCUAACAAAACUACAACUAAAUAUUUUCAGAAUCGAAGCACACUGUUUGUCAACAUGUCAGUUUUUUUUUUUGUAAUUUCUAGUGUGAUAAACUUAGGGGUGGUGUGUUGUAUCUUUAUAGAAUCGUGUACAUAUAAGUGUGUAUUUAAAUAGUCUAAGUUUCCAUCUUUUUUCGAGUAAAGCUUUAACGUUACCUGUGUUUAGAUAAACGCUGUAAAUAUUAGUGAUAAAAUAUCAUGAUGCCAUCUGUACUGUGUCUUUAACCUGUACUCAAGUCUUCUACUAUAUCUAAUAUCUACGAUUAUUAUACAGGAUAAACUAAUAUCUAUAAAUAUGAUAGUUCACAGUUGCAUUUGUUGUUAUUACAGCAAAAUUGGAGUUGUGUACGAAACAUGACAGACGUAUUGUGAUCCAAAAGGACUCAUGACUGAAUAAUGUAAAUAUGACUUGUUUUAUAUAAUAAAUAAAUUAGUUUUGAUAAUUC